UAAGCCCGGGCAAGGCCGGGGCAAGGCCGGGGAGCAGGUCCCAUGGCGCCACCUUCGGCUCCGCUCCUCGCGCGGGCACCCGGAGAGGCUGGACCUAGUCGGAGAAGGGGCAGGAGGCCAAGGGCCUUGAAGUUCGCGGACGUGGCCGUGUACUUCUCCUCCGAGGAGUGGGGGUCUCUGCGGCCCGCGCAGAGGACUCUAUACCGGGAUGUGAUGCGCGAGACCUACGGCCUCCUGGGCGCGCUCGGAUGCGCAGGUCCCAAACCAGCUCUCAUCUCCUGGUUGGAACGAAAUACCGAUGAUUGGGAACCAGCAGCCCUAGAUCCGCAGGAGUACCGGAGAUGGGUAACAUUCCAGAGAAAAACCAGAACCAGGCAGAAGAAUGAAGAGAAGGAAGUAUUCCCACCUAAGGAAGCACCUCGAAAAGGGAAACGAGGGCGGAAGCCCAGCAAACCCCGGCUGAUUCCCAGGCAGACAUCCGGGGGCCCCAUCUGCCCUGACUGUGGCUGUACCUUCCCUGACCAUCCCGCCCUGGAGAGCCACAAGUGCGCCCAGUAUCUGAAGAAGCCCUACCCCUGCCCGGAUUGUGGGCGCCGCUUUUCCUAUCCUUCCCUGUUGGUCAGUCACCGGCGGGCACACUCUGGUGAGUGUCCUUAUGUUUGUGACCAGUGUGGCAAACGUUUUUCCCAGAGGAAAAACCUGUCUCAGCACCAGGUCAUACACACAGGUGAGAAGCCCUACCACUGCCCCGACUGUGGCCGCUGCUUUCGACGGAGCCGGUCGUUAGCCAAUCACCGGACCACGCACACCGGUGAGAAGCCUCAUCAGUGCCCUAGUUGCGGGCGUCGCUUCGCCUACCCAUCUCUGCUCGCUAUCCACCAACGGACACACACAGGAGAGAAGCCCUACACCUGCCUAGAGUGCAGCCGUCGCUUCCGCCAGCGCACUGCCCUGGUCAUCCACCAGCGCAUCCACACUGGAGAGAAGCCUUACCCGUGUCCUGACUGUGAGCGGCGUUUCUCCUCCUCCUCUCGCCUGGUUAGUCACCGGCGUGUACACUCUGGGGAGCGGCCCUAUGCCUGUGAGCACUGUGAAGCCCGCUUCUCUCAGCGUAGCACCCUGCUUCAGCACCAGCUCUUGCACACAGGCGAGAAACCCUACCCAUGCCCGGAUUGUGGACGUGCCUUCCGAAGGAGCGGCUCCUUGGCCAUCCAUCGCAGCACCCACACGGAGGAGAAGCUGCAUGCCUGUGAUGACUGUGGCCGCCGCUUUGCCUAUCCCUCACUCCUCGCCAGUCAUCGGCGUGUGCACUCAGGCGAGCGGCCCUAUGCCUGUGACCUUUGCUCCAAACGCUUUGCCCAGUGGAGCCACUUGGCCCAACACCAGCUUCUGCACACUGGGGAGAAGCCGUUCCCCUGCCUUGAGUGUGGCCGGUGCUUUCGCCAGAGGUGGUCCCUGGCUGUCCACAAGUGCUGCCCCAACACCCCCAAUGGUAGCCCUAGACCUCUUAUAGGAGGGCCCAGCCAGAGGAGCAGUGCUCUUUAGCGUGACAAAGAUUACAGAAAGUCACUUUAUGGAGAGGUACAAAACUCAGGAGUAGCUGCCAGAGGUUUUACAGAAUGGGAGCAGACCCAAAAUCCUGCCUCCCUGCUCCACACCCUGAACUCCAGUGUAUUCCACCACACUGGUUGUCCUACAGCAUGUCUGAAACAGUUAUCAGGAGAGAUGAUGCCAUUUGAUUAAAGUUUUCCAAGCUCA